CCGGCGCCGGGGCAGUCAGUGUCGAGCGGCGAACAUGUGAAGAUGCCGCACGUGAGUGCAGCCAGCUCCGCUGGCGACGAUCUGGGCUCGACGGACGAAGUCAAAGUGUUUAAGGACGAGGGCGGCGCCGACGACGACGAGAAGCGUUCGCCCGACAACAACCUGAACGAAGAGAAGAAUAGUCUGAUCGACCUUACUGAGUCCCAGGAGAAGAGCCAAAGCAGCAGUUUUUCUCCGAAGAGCAAUGCGGCGGCGAGGAGCAGCGAGCACAGCCCCGUCUUCGGCAAGGUGGACGCCAUGGCCCAGUCGGCCCUCAACAUGGGCUACCUGGUGUCCCCCUACCACUACCCCAACGGCUCCACAGGCCCCAUUCCAGUCUCCAUGUUCCAGGCGGGGAAGAUGGGAUUGGCGUCUGGAGCGCCGGGCCUUCCUUUCUUCUGCCACAACGGUGAUCACCUCACGCAGCCCCCGCCGGCCCACAUGGGCAUCCCCCCUUACCAGUUGGACACCAAGAGCGGCGCCAUGGGUGACUACUGGCGCGGACUGGGCCUCGGACUGGCCGCCGUAGCAGUAGGCGGUGCGCCGUCGGUGGCGCCGCCGGCGCCGCCGCCUCGGUGCCCGUCGUCGUCGCCAGCGUUGCCGCCGUCGCCGCGGCUGAUGAGCCGGUCGUCGCCGGCCCCUGGGGGCCUGAGUCCCAACGAGUGGAAGCGGCUGUUGGCCACAGGUCUAACGAGGCCCCCAAUGUACCCGUUCGCCGCGUCCCAAUACCCCUACCCCAUGCUCAGCCCCGAAAUUUCACAAGUUGCCUCUUGGUUUGACAGGCACGCCCCCAGCAUGUACCCGAUCUCAUCGGCGAGUGCCGGCUUCCGAAGUCCGUACCCGUCGUCCUUGCCCAUCACAAGUACAAGUCUGCCCAGUGAUUUCUACCGGUUUUCCCCGACCGGGUUGAUCCCCCCGCACCCCGGCCUCAGCCCGCACCACCUCGCCUCGCACCCGGCCAUCGUGACACCGGGGCCCAAGCAGGAACUCGCCUCUUCAGAGCAGCCGACCAACCACAGUGUGUGUCGCAGGUCGGAGCACAAGGGCAGCGCCAGCUCGGCAGCCUCGGAGAGCAGCAAAUCACAGGAGUCUUCCGGCCAGGCCAGCCAAGACAAAAAGAAGCCUCACAUAAAGAAACCGCUGAACGCGUUCAUGCUGUACAUGAAGGAGAUGCGUGCCAAAGUGGUGGCCGAGUGCACGCUGAAGGAGAGCGCGGCCAUCAACCAAAUCCUCGGCAGGCGGUGGCACGCGCUGGGCCGGGAGGAGCAGGCCAAGUACUACGAGCUGGCGCGACGCGAGCGUCAACUGCACAUGCAGCUGUACCCCGAUUGGUCUUCGCGCUCCAACGCAACGCGCGGCAAGAAGAGGAAGCGCAAGGAGCACGCCGCCGCAGGCGUCGAUGGAGGCAACAACAUGAAGAAGUGCAGGGCCCGGUACGGACUGGACCAGCAGAGUCAGUGGUGCAAACCAUGCAGGCGCAAGAAGAAGUGCAUCCGCUACAUGGACCUGAGCGGCAAGGGCGGCGGCGACGCGGACAGCGAUGGUAGCGACGCCAGUGACGACGAUGACGACGACAUGACCACUGACUCGCGAGCCGGAGGCGGCGACGGGGGCGGCAGCUUGGGAGACGAGUCGCCGAACCGGCUGUCGGACAUCAACGGACUCUCCUCGCCCGGCGGCUUGUCCCUGGGGUCUCUGACCUCACCCUCGAUGGUGCUGCCAAGUCCGUCGGCCAGCCUGGCGUCGCCGUGCAUGAGCAUGCAGUCGCCAUUGACACCCCUCCAGCACCACCAUGGCGAGCCGACGGUGCUGCCGCCACCGCAGAACCCGCCCUCGUCCGCCUCCUCCUCCCUGAGCUCGGUGAGCUCGAGCAGCGGUGCUUCCGGAGGGCCGCCGCCGCCCCAUCGCAACCCCGUGGGCACCAACCCCCACGACAUAAACAACCCCCUCAGUGUGAACCAGUUGACGGGGCAGGUGAAAGAGACGAGUGGUGCUCGUGCCAUUUCAGUGACGUGACGGACGUCCCUCUGCCCCCCGCUCAGGGGAGCGGCUCUCUAGCAUUCCGUGUACAGAUUACGAAUUAGCCCCAUAGACACGUGCCAAUCAAGCAACGACGAGCGCCCGUCAACCCCUGCGCAAGCGUCUCCCUUAGAACCGGCUUCUCCUCCCCUCUCCGGUUCCGAACGCUCUGUAUAUUGACAUAUAAAUUUUGUACUCGCGAAAACAAAGGGAAUUAGAUUCUCUAGAUGGCGCUAGUGUUGUUGCUGCUUCGAAUUGUUGAUUAUUAUUUUUUCUUGCGCGGAACCCUAAUUGUUGCUCAGUCCUCUCCAUUAAGUUUCUUACACAAUAGGCCAUUUUACUUCUGCUAUAUUGUUUUUAAGACGUUGCUCGUCUCAAGUGGAAAUUGAAAUGUUAACUUUUUGACACAAAUCUAUAUUUGUUUUCAAGAUUAAGGAUUCAUUCUUGGUACCUGAUAAACUAUGAAAACUGUUUACCAACACUUUUCCCAACAGCUCAACGUUUGAGGUUUUCUUUUACCCACUCAAUGAGACGGGAGUGCAUUUUGUGAAAUUUUAAAAUAUUUUUGAGGUAAAAUAUCUUUUAAAUUUCCAUGAAAACCAAUUUUUUUUACUUUAUAAUUCAGGAAUAUAAUUUGUCAAAUUUGCCGCGAAUGAAUCGUUAAGAGAAACUAGAAAUUUGGUUUUUAUAUGCCAGGUUGGCAAAUUGUCAAUCUGAUUUGUUGAUUUAUUCACAUAAAUUAUGCAACUUUGAGACCAACAACGUCAGACUUUUGUAAAACUCAAGAGUAUUUCCACAUGUGCCAUUUGCUGGUAAUUGUUCCCGAGCCUCUUGCUCAGCUGUUACUCUCUUUCACCCGAGAAGACCAACGCGUUCCCCUCUCAGUUGUACAUACAAUACACAAAGAGAGCUUACUGAACUGCACCGGUACAUUGUUUCAUUUUUAAUUCUGAAAGUCGAUAAAAUUUCGAAUUUCCAAAUUGGUAAAAAAAAAUUGCAUUCCUAGUGUCAGUUUCUACCUAUUGGGAGGUUAUUCCUGAUUUCACAUAUUAAAAAAAAAUGAAAAUCUCAAUUUUGACCAACUUAAAAUAAAAAUUUGUUGUCUUUCAUAUGCAAGAAUAAAAUAUUACCGGUUUUAGUUUGAAAAAUUCCAAAAUCGAAUCGAUUUUUAUUGGAUUUUUAGAUUUAUUCUCAUUGAAAUUACUGCCAAAUUUCGUCUCUCCUGUGUGCCAUGGAGGAAUUAACCCCCGUCCGCAUCCCUCGCUCCCGGCCGGCCGAUUGAAAAGCUGGAUCUCAACUAAUAAAUCACGCGACGUCUCCACACUCUACUUACCUACUUUUACUUGCAAGCGCCGGCCGGGGGCGAAAGAAAUGUCCACCCAAAAAUACCCCCCUUCACCGGGCUGCGCAGGGGGCGUUCCGGCGGACGCUGGACGGGCGCCGUCCUCUCGAGUACAAGACAUGCAAAUCUUUAGGCCAAAGCACAAAUCACCCCUCCUCUUUUUUUAAAAAAGAACAACAUAAGUACACACACCGAUCGACACACACACACACACUCGUAAUAAAAUAAGAAAUAAAAUAGGUAAAAAAAUUAAAUAAAAAUGAAAUGAACGAAAAAGAAAUCAGCCAGCGCGCCCCGUCCGGACGACUCGCUCGCUCGCGCGGCCCAACGUGUAUAUCUAUCUAUCUAUCUCUCUGUCUGUCUCACUUUGGACUCGUUUCUUUUGUACUCGUGGAAAGAAAGUCGGCGUCGUCCCGACGGGCGCACUUGGACCAAAAUCAGUUGUGCCAGAGCAUUUAGCGGAAUGGAUUUUCCCUGACAGGGUCGACUGGCACCAGCAUUUGUGAUAAAAAGAAAAUUACAAGAGAGAUGAUGAAGAAUUUUUAAGGCCUAUGUUUUUAUUUUUGCGUUGCCAAAUUUUAUGGAUGGAAUCGAUUGGGAAUACAAAUGUACCGAAAGAACGACGGAGAACUUAAUUACAAAGAAAUCUACUACGACAACAUUCAAAUGGAAAAAAAACGGGGGCGUGCAAUUGAUUUUAUUUGUUAACUUGUGUUUUUUUCAAUGUAACUUCACUGUUUUCCUAUUAAACCUGUGUAUAGUGUAUGUAAGACGAAUAAAAAAAACAUCAACCGA